GACUCCACGGCGCUCGAAUUGGCCAUUGGCACCGAGAAACGCAGCCCUUGGAUAGUGCUGAGUGUGCUCGAUGGCGAGUUCCCGCAGCUAGUCUGCUACGACCGCCGCAUCACGUUUGGGCGAAGCACCGCAAGCACCGUUCGUCUGGACGACGCCCACAUCAGCACCCACCAUUGCGAGGUUUUCCUGGAUGCUGACGAGCACGGCCUGCCAGUGCCUCGGCUCAAAAGCACAAGUCCAAACGGCACUUUUGUCAACGCUGAGCGGGUCGAGGAGACUGUCGAUCUGGGAGAAAACGACGAAAUCGUGCUGCUCUACGACAACAUCGGGGCAGCGGCUGCCGGGCGGGCGUGGUUGGGGCAGCACCGGGUGCUUGACAGUCACGGAUAUCCCGUGCUCAUUGGGUACAGGGUCGCCAUGGUUUGCUCAAGCGCGCAGUAGGUGGCGAGGCGGAUAUUUUCAGUGCUUUUGGAACCACCCCAAGGGCGGCAUUGCAAAACUGAUCAACCGACCUCGGUUUGUUUUCCUCCCUCAGCGUAACAUAAAAUCGCGCCUGGAACACUCUGGCUGUCCACGUCAACGUAAACAGUUUUUCUCACAGAGCCUUUUUUCUAUUGAUAAAAGUUUGCUUCUACAGCCCCUGCGCCUGCCCGGUAUCCCUCUCGUCCCCACGUUUCAUUCCAUUACUGCCUUUUACCAGCAUAUUGGGUAACAGGAUACUUUACAUAUGCAAUCACUAGUGCCCUCGACAAAGCUGGCUGCCCGCGCAUUGCGCCCCACCCAGCCCAUGCGCCGCCUCACGACUUCGCCACGCACACUGCAGGCGAUCACAGACCAGAGGCUGGCGCAGGUUCCCA